UUUUUGGAACUCCAAAAUUUAAGGCCUUUCAGCCAAUCAAAUUGGAAAGAUAAUAGAAACAAGAGAAUGUGCCUCUUGUUUUUUGCAACACAAAACAAAAUCAAAAGGAAUCACAAUAGAAAAGAACAAAAACAUUGUUCAUUAAGUUAAGUCUUAAUUUUGUUUCAAUUAUUUCAAAAUAAAAGCCAAAAAACAAAAUAAAAUCCAUUGACUUUCUAAAACCAAAAAACAAACAUCACAAGAUCUUUCUCUUAAAUAACACAUUGAUUCAAUACUUUGAACAAUGUUUAAUGAUCUCAAAACCUGAAUUUUUGAUAUCAACAUUUGAACAAUAAAUAAAACAAUUGUCACACGACAUGGACAACAUACCUUCAUCACCUGGCAAGUUCAAGAUGGAGAAAGGUCCCUACUUUCAUAGAAGAUGGCAACAUUCUUCCUUUACAAAGUUCACAUUUUGGUCCAUUCUUUUUGUUGGUAUAAUAUUUUUCCUUUUCUUCAGAACACCUUCAUCAUUUUCAUCAGACACAUCUCGUAGAUCCUUAAGAACCUACAAUUAUGGAGGUUCAGCAUGGGAAAAGAAGGUUCGUUCUUCUGCAAGAGUGACUUCCAAAAAUGGAGUCACUGUCCUUGUGACAGGUGCUGCAGGUUUCGUUGGAACACAUACCUCUAUUGCACUGAAACAAAGAGGUGAUGGUGUUCUUGGUCUUGAUAAUUUCAAUGACUACUAUGACCCGUCUUUGAAACGCGGUCGACAAGCGCUCUUAGAGCACAACGGGGUGUUCAUUGUCGAAGGCGAUAUAAAUGAUGCCACACUUUUGAAGAAACUAUUUGAAGUUGUUUCAUUUACUCAUGUAAUGCAUUUGGCUGCUCAAGCUGGUGUGAGGUAUGCUAUGGAAAAUCCUGGUUCUUAUGUUCAUAGUAACAUUGCUGGUUUUGUUAAUUUACUUGAAGUUUGUAAAAAUGUUGAACCUCAACCUGCUAUUGUUUGGGCUUCUUCAAGUUCUGUUUAUGGAUUGAACACAAAAGUUCCAUUUUCUGAGAAAGAUAAGACUGAUCAACCUGCUAGUUUGUAUGCUGCUACCAAGAAAGCGGGCGAAGAAAUCGCGCAUACUUAUAAUCAUAUAUAUGGACUUUCUUUAACAGGUUUGAGAUUUUUCACUGUUUAUGGACCUUGGGGAAGGCCUGAUAUGGCAUACUUUUUUUUCACAAAGGAUAUUUUGAAAGGGAAUUCGAUAUCGAUAUUCGAAGCGCCUAAUCACGGGACAGUUGCAAGGGAUUUUACUUACAUUGAUGAUAUUGUGAGAGGGUGUUUAGGUGCAUUGGAUACUGCUGAGAAGAGUACUGGAAGUGGUGGUAAGAAGAGAGGACCUGCUCAAUUGAGGGUUUUUAAUUUGGGGAAUACUUCUCCUGUUCCUGUUACAGAACUUGUUAGUAUUUUGGAGAGGCUUUUGAAGGUUAAAGCUAAGAGAAAUGUGAUGAAGAUGCCGCGAAACGGCGAUGUACAGUUUACACAUGCCAAUAUUAGUUAUGCUAAAAAAGAGUUUGGUUAUAAACCUACAACUGAUUUAGAGACUGGUUUGAAGAAUUUUGUUAGGUGGUAUCUUAAUUACUAUUCUGUUGCUGCUACUGCUGAGUGAUGGAUGGAUUCAUAAAUUCUUUACUUUUACUAUUCUGAAUUCUGAAAUGAAAUAUAACUAAAAUGGUUAUCUGAAAAAUUUAUGUAUCUGAUCUUAAUUUUUAAUCAGAUAUAUCAACUUUUCUGAUACUAUUUUUGUUUAUAUUUCAUUCUAGAGAGAGUACAUUCUUGUACUUCCUUUGUUGAUUCAUUAUGAUUCUUGUCCCUUAAUAUCUCUAUUAGUUGUCCCUUAAGAGAUUCAAUUUGAUUUUGGCAGAAAUUAGUAAUGCCAUUGUCAGAGGGAUAUGAAGAAUCAUAAUAAUUUUCUCUUUUAUUAUUUUUGUGUGUAUUGAAUGUAAUUGUUGUAGUUUUAGAAUUGUAAUAAUUAUGGAUGGAUGAUACAACACAUGGUGAUAUGUGGUAGUGUAUAAAUGUAAAAUAUAUUCAAUAAAUUAUUGCACACUAGUUUCA